GCCUCACUAUAGGCAGCACUGAGAGCAAAACAGGAAGGAAGGAGCCCAGAGAGGAGAGAGCACACAGCACACUCACACUGUGCACCCAAUGCUAGGGGCUGCUGUACACUGUACAAUGUGCUGGAGAUGAGGCUGCCCAUACACAGGAUCUAUGCAAGCAGAGGGCAGGUGCUGCUGGCUGUCAAGGAAGCAUAAAGAGGAUCAGCUGGGGUGGGGGGUGUGCAGCCAGAGAUGUGUGAUUCCCACUGCACUGAUUCAUGAUCAUGGAGAUUGAGAACAUUGUGGCCAACACAGUGUUGCUGAAAGCCAGAGAAGGAGGUGGUGGCAAGAGGAAUGGUCGCAGCAAGAAAUGGAAGGAUAUGCUGAAACUACCCCACAUCAGCCAAUGUGAAGAACUCCGACAUACAGUAGAAAGAGACUACCGCAGUGUCUGUGAGAAGCAGCCAAUAGGAAGAUUGCUCUUCAGACAGUAUUGCGACACCCGGCGAGAGUUGAAGCGGUGCAUUGAGUUCUUGGAUAAAGUGACGGAGUAUGAAGUUGCCCCAGAUGAGAAGCGCAAAGACCAUGGCCUCAAGAUUUUGUACACCUUCUUUAGGAAUGGGUGUGCCGCCCGUUUGCCGGAAAUACCUCAGGACACAGUUCAUGAAUGUAAGGAGAGGCUGGAGCAAAGUCCCUGCAAGGAGCUCUUUAAAGACUGCACUAGAGUGGUUCAUGAUUAUCUGAGUGGUGUACCAUUUGAAGACUUUCAGGAGAGCAUGUACUUCUCUCGCUUCUUGCAGUGGAGAUGGCUUGAACGGCAACCGGUCACCAAGAACACGUUCCGACAUUACCGCGUGCUUGGAAAGGGUGGAUUUGGUGAGGUGUGCGCAUGCCAAGUACGAGCCACUGGGAAAAUGUACGCCUGCAAAAAGCUGGAGAAGAAAAGGAUAAAAAAGAGGAAGGGAGAAUCUAUGGCGUUAAAUGAAAAACUGAUUUUAGAAAAAGUGAAUAGUCAAUUUGUAGUAAGUUUAGCCUACAGCUAUGAAACAAAGGAUGCCCUUUGCUUAGUGUUAACUAUUAUGAAUGGCGGAGACCUGAAGUUUCACAUAUACAACAUGGGGAACCCAGGCUUCGAUGAGCAGAGAGCUGUGUUCUAUGCUGCAGAGCUAUGCUGUGGACUGGAGGAUCUACAGAGGGAGAGAAUAGUUUACAGAGACCUAAAGCCAGAAAACAUUCUGCUUGAUGACCGUGGGCACAUCAGGAUCUCCGAUCUUGGGUUAGCUGUGCAAAUCCCUGAAGGAGAAUCUAUCCGUGGCAGGGUUGGCACCGUGGGCUACAUGGCCCCAGAGGUCAUCAACAAUGAAAACUACACUUUUAGCCCCGACUGGUGGGGGCUUGGCUGCCUUAUUUAUGAAAUGAUCCAGGGUCAGUCUCCGUUUAGGAAAAGGAAAGAGAAGGUGAAGAGGGAAGAGGUGGACCGGCGAGUAAAGGAGGAUGAAGAGGAAUAUUCAGAGAAGUUUUCAGAAGAUGCCAAAUCUAUCUGCAGGAUGUUGCUGACAAAGGACCCCAAGCAGAGGCUGGGAUGUAAAGGGGAUGGAGCAGCAGGUGUAAAGCAGCACACGAUAUUCAGGAACGUCAACUUCAAGCGUCUUGGAGCCAAUAUGCUGGAUCCACCCUUUGCUCCAGAUCCACGUGCUGUAUAUUGUAAGGAUGUUCUGGACAUUGAGCAGUUUUCCACAGUGAAAGGAGUAAAUCUGGAUACCACAGACGAUGAUUUCUACUGCAAGUUUGUGACAGGCUGUGUCCCCAUCCCCUGGCAGCAAGAGAUGAUUGAAACAGAGUGUUUUAAAGACAUCAAUAUUUAUGAGACGGACGGCUGCUUGUCGCCAGAUCUGGAUGUGAACAAACCGAACAUAAGACCAAAGAGAAGCUUCUUUCAUCGAUUGUUCAGAAGAGGGGUCUGUUUCAAAUCCUCCUACAAUGACGACGAUGAAGAGGCAACCCGACCAUGAACCACUGUCCAAUAGCCAAAAAAUCAAACCUUAGAAGAGUUAAACUGCAAAUAUUUUAUUGUAUCUAUGAACUGUAAAGGUGUAUUAUAAAUUAAACAAAGAAUUCUGUAUGCGUUUACAGAUUUUGUACAUUUCUACUUGAA